UUGCAGCGUCAUCGCCGGCAGCUUUUUGAAUGAAGUGAGGCAAGGCAAGGCAAGGCAAGGCAAGUGGAUAGCGACAGAAGCCCAUAGUGUCUCUAGAGCCUUCAACUCCGAAAAGUAGCGCGGCAGAUCAGCGGAGGAGCCAUGCCAGUGUUCACAGUGAAUGUGAAAUGGGGAAAGGAGAAGUUUGAUGGAGUGGAGCUGAAUACAGAUGAACCUCCAAUGGUUUUCAAGGCACAGCUUUUUGCUCUUACUGGGGUUCAGCCAGAUAGGCAGAAGGUGAUGUUGAAAGGAGGGACACUAAAGGAUGAUGAAUGGGGAAACAUAAAAUUAAAAAAUGGAAUGACAUUGUUAAUGAUGGGCUCAGCUGAUGCUCUACCAGAGGAGCCUUCUGUUCGACCAGUUUUUGUUGAAGACAUGACAGAAGAGCAGCUAGCAUCAGCUAUGGAAUUACCCUGCGGUCUAACAAAUCUUGGUAACACUUGCUAUAUGAAUGCUACCGUCCAGUGUCUGCGAUCAGUACCAGAACUCAAAGAGUCCUUGCGGAGUUAUGCAGGAGUCUUGAGUGCGUCAGGAGCGAAUGCAUCAUCACAGUACAUUACAGCAGCACUAAGGGAUCUUUACGAAUCCAUGGACAAAACAUCAUCAAGUAUUCCUCCUAUCAUCCUUUUGCAGUUUUUGCACAUGGCUUUCCCUCAGUUUGCAGAGAAAGGAGAUCAAGGCCAAUAUCUCCAACAGGAUGCCAAUGAGUGCUGGUUGCAAAUUAUGAGAGUAUUACAGCAAAAACUGGAACCACAAGUGAGUGAUGCACCAAUGGAGACUGAAUCUGGAACAGCAGAGUCUGCCUCAGCAAAGAAGAACUUUAUAGAUCAAUUCUUUGGUAUAGAGUUUGAAACCACCAUGAAAUGCACAGAAUCAGAAAGUGAAGAGCCAACAAAAGGGAAGGAGAAUCAGCUUCAGCUGAGCUGUUUUAUUAAUCAGGAGGUCAAGUACUUGUUCACUGGUCUCAGAUUGCGUCUUCAAGAGGAAAUCACAAAGAUGUCUGAGUCGUUGAAUAGGAAUGCUUUAUACAUUAAAUCUUCCAAAAUCAGCCGCUUACCUGCAUAUCUAACAGUUCAGAUGGUUCGCUUUUUCUACAAAGAGAAGGAAUCAGUAAAUGCCAAAGUUCUCAAGGAUGUAAAAUUUCCAUUAAUGCUGGAUGUAUUUGAACUGUGCACAACUGGGGUACAAGAGAAAAUGGCAGCAGUUCGUUCAAAAUUCAAGGAUGUAGAGGAUAAGAAAUUAAGUGAGCAACAGAAACAACAUGAAAAGGGAAAUAAAGUUAGUACCCCAUUAAAAGACGUCAAAUAUGAGCCUUUUUCAUUUCCAGAUGAUACUGGCUCUAAUAACAGCGGUUAUUACGACUUGCAGGCAGUUCUGACACACCAAGGAAGGUCUAGUUCAUCUGGUCAUUAUGUGGCCUGGGUCAAAAGGAAAACAGAAGAGUGGGUCAAGUUUGAUGAUGACAAGGUGAGCGUCGUGUCUCCCGAAGAUAUUCUUAAACUGUCUGGAGGUGGAGACUGGCAUAUAGCUUAUGUUCUUUUGUAUGGACCCCGUCGACUAGAAAUACUUGAAGAUGAAGAGCAAUAAUUGUGACUGAUAAACUAAUUGCCAUUUUCAAGCACUGUCUGCAUAGAUGUGCAAUAAAUAUUGGUGUCUUUCUAAUUCUCCCAGACCUUACACGGUCUGCAACCGAUGCUCCAGACAUCUUUCUUUCAUUCAAUGAAGCACUUAACUUCCCUCAGCCCGCCUCAGAUUAUGAAAUCCCCUAAUUGUCCGGUGAUUGAUGUCUAAAAUUGCAUUCCAACUUAAUGAUUUUUCUAAGUGUAAAUAUUAAGCAGACGGGUUAUUUUUAAAAGGUCUUAAAGUGAUACACUGAAUAAUUGGACUCAUUUGUACCUUAUUUAUUGCGACUUACCAAUUUCAAACAUUUUUGUGGAAGUCUGUGCUAUUUGCAUACUCGUAUGCAGAUCAGAAAGCAAAUGUUGGACAUUUUGCAGGUUUCCCCUCUUGUACUAUGCAGGAGUGUGUAUUCAUUACGCAUUUUUAAAUACUGAAUGAGGGAAACUUUGUUGCAUCUGAACGCUGACGUACAGACUCAAGUUUACAGAAUAGUUCAGUUUGCGUAAGCCUUUGAAUGGCAAGCAACUGAUAACUGUUAAAAUAGUUAAACACGGUUAAAGUUCAUUUAUCUUUACCUGUGUGAAAACUGCCUUAAAGCACCCACUGGAAAGGUUUUUUUUGGUCGUGUAAGAGAAUUCUUCACUUCCUUGACGUUGGUCGUCUUACAUUUGGUUGAUUACAGUGGGGAAAAACAACUAAUUAUUGCACACCUAUGCUGCUCGUCCAUUAGUCUUUACUGUUGCAUGGGUAAUUCCAUCAUCCUUCAGUGUGCUGUCGUUUGCCUUCUGCUGCCUUACUCCUUCUAGGCUGGAAGGUCCAAGGAAAUCUGUUGCCUCACUUUGUAAUUCAGUGCUGCUCUGCCCAAAGUAUAUACAACCGUUACGGCCACUGCUGUGUAAACCCUCACAGGGUGGCUGGCUACCUUUAAGAUUUUUUUUGUCAAAUUAUUGAUGCUGGCUUUUCGUAAACAUUGGAAAAAAUAAAAUCUGUCCAUUUAAAGUUA